GAGGAGGGCGAAGCCUGAACCCCAGGAAUGUGCAGAGGCCACGGCUCCCUCCCUGCCAGGCUGUGCUGGAGCUGGGAGCUGCUAAGCUAGCCAGCAAGGGGAUUAACAGGCUGAACCGCCUGCCUUCCUUCAGGCUGGUGCCAGAAGGUCCAUGCCAUCUCCCACCUCCCUGCCAGGCCCCUUGCUGACCAGCAGCCAGGUGUGGCCCAGCCUUGAUGGGGCUCCUCUUCUGCCCGCCUCGGAUCUCAGACCCCACAGCACGCAUCCCAUGGUCCAGCCUCCCCUGGUUUUGAUACACAUGGCCCCCAGGCACCCAGGACCACCUCUCCGCCCUUCCCCAGCCUAGUCUCUCCAUGUCUGACCUCAAAACCCUCUCCAGAAAGUCCUUCCUGAUGCCUUACUCUAGUCUUACCUGCUGCAAAUUGGAAUUCCAUUUCCUCUCUGUCCUACAGGCUGAGAGGACAGAAAGCCCCCUGCUCAGUUCAGCCACCCGGGAGCAAAGUCCAUCAUCUCAGGGUUGGUGCUUGGGGGGAAUGAGGAGAAAUUUAGGGCACUGGUACCAGAUUCCUACAGGGGCAAGCAGAGUCCUUCCUCCCAGUCCCUCCCUUCUCUAUCCCUGGGGGGUGGGAGGGGAGGUGGCCUCCACCUGCCCCACACCAGCUCCCCACCCACAGGGGGCUGAGCAGGAGCUUUGCUGGGACCUGCCCUGGCUUAGCCCGCUGCAGUGGGCGGGCCCUUGGCCCUGUCAGCGCCUAGGCCUCCCCCUGCAUUCUAGAGCCCCAGCCACUGCCUUUGCUGCUGCUGUGGCUGGGCUGCCACCUCUCCUUUUCAGCCUCUUGCCACUGCUGCACUCCACCCCUGCCCACAGCUCGGCUCACUUGGCCAUGCUCCUGACCCCCCCAGGGACCCUGGCCCAGCCCUGAGCUCUGGGACCCCCGGCCCUCUCCCCUGGGCCAUGGCCAACUCGGGCCUCCAGCUCCUGGGCUAUUUCCUGGCUAUGGGUGGCUGGGUAGGCAUUAUCGCCAGUACAGCCCUCCCGCAGUGGAAGCAGUCCUCCUACGCGGGCGACGCCAUCAUCACCGCCGUGGGCCUCUACGAAGGGCUCUGGAUGUCCUGCGCCUCCCAGAGCACCGGGCAGGUGCAGUGCAAGCUCUACGACUCGCUGCUUGCCCUGGAAGGGCACAUCCAGUCAGCUCGAGCCCUGAUGGUGGUGGCCGUGCUCCUGGGCUUCGUGGCCAUGGUCCUCAGCGUCGUCGGCAUGAAGUGCACCCGGGUCGGAGACAGCAACCCCAUCGCCAAGAGCCGCAUUGCCAUCUCUGGGGGCGCCCUCUUCCUCUUGGCGGGCCUCUGCACCUUGACUGCAGUCUCCUGGUAUGCUACCCUGGUGACUCAGGAGUUCUUCAACCCGAGCACACCUGUCAACGCCAGGUAUGAGUUUGGCCCGGCUCUGUUCGUGGGCUGGGCCUCUGCCGGCCUGGCCCUGCUGGGGGGCUCCUUCCUCUGCUGCACAUGCCCGGAGCCCGAGAGAGUCAACAGCAGCCCGCAGCCCUACCGGCCGGGCCCCUCAGCUGCUGCCCGAGAACCAGUUCUUAAAUUGUCUGCCUCCUCCAAGGCCCCCCUGGGUGUGUAGUGUCCCAGUCCCCGCCUGGCCCUGCCUCCCUGCCACACCUAGACUGUGUGCGUGGCCCUUUUUUGGAAAGAGAAGUGAACGUCCAGCC